AUGACGCCAUGGAGCAGCAGCACCUCAUCAGUGAUCGCUCACGCUCUCUGGGGCAGCACCAAACACCAAACUUGUGCCAGCUGCUGCUGCCGACCGCCGUCCCAGCCGGGCGAUGGACUAAAAAACCAGAUGGGUGCUAACGGCAAUCGCCCAGCCGGUGUGUGCGUGUGUAUGCCCCAGCACGAGCGAUAA